AUGCAGACGAGCGAAGUGAAGCCAACACUGCAGCAAGCUGCACCAUCUCAAACAUACUCGGCUCAAUCUCCUGCUAUGCAUCAAGCUCAAGGAUCUGCUGCUCCCCAGAUCGUCGGGCCAGCGACAGUGUCAGGAACCGCGACCUCGCAUGAUCCCGAGAAAGCCCAGCACAACGGCGGCCUUUCGAAGGUCGCCGCAGCGCAACCCAUCAAUGCUGUUCCAAUCACGCAGCAGCCGCGUCCCAUGGGCUCCAUGCUUGCUGCAAACCAUAACGUUCAAGGCCUGCCAAGGGACGUAGUCGGCAAGCGAGCAUGGACUUUUGGUCUUUGCUCGCGUCGCACGCUCUCGUCUUGCUGCCUGCCUUGUCUGUGCCCUUGCAUUGUCUACGGCCAAGUUCAAGGACGCUAUGACGCCUUGAAGACGACAAACCAGCCGAGCGAAUCGAACGAGGCGAUCAAUCCCCCUUGUCUGCUCUGGUGCUUACUCUCUAUCGUCAUCCCGCCCAAUUGUAUCUUCCUACCGAACCAGCGCGCACAGGUUGCAUCUCGCUACGAUAUCCGGAUUGAUGGAGUCAACGAGAUUGUGCUUUCUCUUUGCUGCACGCCGUGCGUACUGUCGCAGACAGAUCAAGAGCUUCGUCUCGAGGAGACCGCUCUUCGGGCCCAUUGA